ACCACUAUAAAAACCCUAAAAGAAGAAAAAAACCUGUAAAGAGCUCUUGGUCACCUUACAUGGAGUCCCACAUGGAGAGUAUCCUCUGGAGCCAAGACCAGAUCGCCGGCCGAGUAGCCAAACUCGCCACCCAAAUCUCCGCCGACCUCGCCGUCGUCGAUUCACCUCCAGCUGUCUUCGUCGGUGUCGCCACGGGUGCAUUUCUCUUCCUCGCCGACUUAGUCAGGCAAAUCAAACUCCCCAUUGCCGUUGAUUUCAUCCGAGUCGAAUCCUACGGCUGCGGAACCGAGUCCAGUGGUAAACCGAGAAUCUCCUCCGACUUGAAGCUCGAUGUCGCUGGCAAGCACGUUAUCUUGGUUGAAGACAUUGUGGACACAGGAAGCACAGUAGGGUGUCUGAUCGAACACAUGAAAUCGAAAGGAGCUUCGUCUGUAUCAGUAUGCACUUUUCUUGAUAAACCCUCCAAAAGAAAGAUUCAUUUUCAGCUCCUCGGCCAGGGCAAGUUUUAUUCUGGCUUUCAGUGUCCAGAUUAUUUUGUGGUAGGAUAUGGGAUGGACUUUGCUGAAUUAUAUAGGAAUCUGCCUUAUGUUGGUGUUUUGAAGCCUCACCUUUACAAAUGAUUUGAGUUUGACCACCAACAUCCUCCUAAGCACAACUAUUCACAUUUUACCCAUUUUGCUACAUUAUCAUUAGUGUGUACCAAUCAAUUCUGAGCACUCCCAAUGGCUGAUAAAAAUACAUAUUUCUCUAAAAAUAGAGAAAAUGAGGUAAAAUACCUCUUCCAUAAGCUACUCUAUUUUAGUUCUAUUUUAGAGCAUCCUACAACACCAACUCUUCAUUUGAAGAACACUAUUCCUCAUUCAAAUUAUAUUUUAUUCAUUUCUUUACAAA